AGACAGAUGAUCAUUAGAAAAACAAAGCAUGCUGUAUAACAAACGAACGCCAUAUUUCAAGCAUCUUUCUUUCUUUCACAAGAGAUGUUUCAGUCUUUCCUCAUCGACCGACGUCAUUUAAGACAAACCCUGAUUGGCCCGUCUCUACAGAGUUUCCUAUUGGUAGUCGAGACAGCUUUUGCUCACAGCGCGAUCCACAAGCACACAUCCAGUCUGCACCUUGGAAAUAACAUAUACAGCUUUUCAUCUUCUAAAUAAGUUUAACUUAAAUGAAGUACGACGAUUGUUGACCAGUUAGCAUGUCCCUCUUGCGUAAUGUCCAUCGACCUUACUGUCAUCUGGAUGAUGAAGACGAAGCCAUUAGAAAAAGGUACCAGGAACUGAGAAUGAAGAGACGUUGGUACCAAAAAGCCAAGGUGACAUUGAUUACUGUGGCUCUUAUGGUCGUCCUAUUGGCCAUGGCUGGUGUCACUUUAUGCUUCGUCCUACCCUGGAAAGAUGGUUUUAACACGCUACGCCUAACACCAGAUGCUAAAUCUUCUAAUGGUGGAGGUUUUGAAGAUGCUCUCCUGGUUAAAACUAACUGCGGACAAUAUGCAGGGGUGGUAGAAGAAGGUGCUUUUGUUUUCAAGGGAAUACCUUACGCAGUUCCUCCAGUGGGAGAUUUAAGAUGGAAGAAGACGGUUCCUAUAUGGACUGAUACUAAACAUUGUAGCAACACAAGUAGACAAAGAGCUCAUCAGUUUAGUCCUCCUUGCUUUCAACUUAGUCCUUAUAACAAAAAGUAUAAAGGACAAGAAGAUUGCUUAUAUUUAAAUAUUUGGUCCCCUCGAUUGGAUAGUUCUGCAGAUUUAGAGGUUAUGGUAUGGAUUCACGGAGGAUUUCUUCAAUUUGGUGCUGGAAAUCGACCGGGACUAUGCCCAUCAGCUAAAUUGGCAAAGAAGUUAAACAUGGUCUUCGUGUCUCUCAAUUAUCGCCUUCACUCUUUAGGUUUUAUGGCACUAGACUUACUUGUAGGAAGUAUUUUAGCCGAUGGUUUCGGCAAUUACGGCUUGUGGGACAUGAUUGUGGCAUUGCAAUGGAUACAGGAUAACAUAAAGAAUUUCGGUGGAGAUCCGAAAAAGAUAACAGUCUUCGGUCCCGAUGCGGGAGCUUCUUCUAUAUUAGCAAUGAUUUCUUCUAAAGUUGGUAGAGAGUUGUUCAGAUCCGCUUGGUUGAUAGGUCCUGCAGCCAUCUUUAAUCGAACUUUUGAAGAACUGCAAAAACAUAAUACGGCUUUUUUCCUGGCUAGAAGUGGUUGCAGAGAUGUAAAAUGCCUAAAACAGAUGUCUAGUAAGGAGAUUUUGCUGUCAUAUUUAGGAAAAGACGAUCCCUCGUUCAGAAUCAGAGAUCAGAACGAUCUUCCUAUUCAAGGAAUAUAUCCGGAGCAAUUAAUUGUAGUCGAUGGUGAUAUUUUACCAGCUACACCUUUUGAAACUAUAAACAUGGGACAAGCUAACGACUUGCCUCUACUUAUAGGUACUGGGUCGCAGAGUGUAGAUAUUUGGCCAGGACCCGAAGAUCUUAGCCUUUGGACUUGGAACCAGUUAAGAAAAUACGUUACAACUAGUUUAGAUAGCUUCGAUCCGAGGAUUAGUCAAAUGGCUUUACAUCUUUAUAACGAUACCGACGUGGAAGAUGAAUUAUAUACUCCCGAACGUUUGUAUACUACAAUGGUUACCGAUUUGAGACAGACGUGCCCUGUUAAAGACUUGGCAUCGAUGCUUGCUAAAUCGUUUCAAUCUCCCAUACAUCGUUACAUAGUGACGUCCAUUCCAUCCAAACCAGUGAGAGUAUACGAUUAUAACUCACGCUACAGCUUUCACAUGUGGGAAGCGAUAGCAUUCCUCGACCAAUUGGAGCAUUUUUUAAAAGAACCAACCGCAGAAGAUUACGCUUUCAGAGACUCCAUCCAAAAUGCUGUAACAUCAUUCGUCCGCAGUGGAGGAGUAACUGCAACCAGCGGAUGGUGCAGUUAUCCGGAUUGCAUAGCCCUGAUAUCAAAUAACAUCACUUACGUUGAAAGUUACCAAAGAAGACAAUGUAAAUUUUGGUCUUCUCAAGGAUUAACCGAUUACGCAUGGGUCAGUUAACUGAUUCUACGUUAAAAAAAAAAAAACACAUUUUAAUUGGUGUUUGGGAUUUUGAUCGUGCAUGUGUAUCGAAUGAGGUUUAUAAAUUCAUCCAAGUUUGUAGAAUAUAUAUAUAUAUUUCUGACUCCCUCCUACCGACUCGAUGUUUUAAAAUGGAAAAAAAGAUUUUAAACCGAAUAAUUGGGUCAAAAUCUUGUUUUUUUAUUGUUUUACUGGUAAAUGGUGUCAACCAGCAGGCCGUCGAGAGCUUGUAUGCGACUUGGGUGUAGAGCGGGCUCCUUUUGCUCUUUAGAGGGCCUUAUUUAUCUUUUUUUAAACAAAUGAAAUACGUAGAAUGUUUCUUUAUUAAUAAAAAGCAGUCUUGACGAUUUUAUUUUAUAUUGGUAAUAAAAUAACGUUAAUUUAUAGGGGUAGGAACUAUUACGGGUUUUUCACUUUUUUCUGGGAAUCGGGAAAAAUCCCCAGCUCCUUCCUCUCGACGGCCUCGUCAACCAGUACAUACAUGCUUUACCUUCGAAUUAUAUAAAUCAAUAAAAAAAUAAAUAAAGGAAUUAUAGGAUUAGAAUUAAUAAAU